AGUGCAAGAAUACAAACCGAACGGAAACGAAUUUCGGGAACUAAGAUUUUCCCAGCCGUCCUAACAGUGCUUUUUGUGUGGAUUUUUUUUCCAACAAAAUAACAAAGAUGGGUGCACAACACACGGAUUCAGACACCUACACGUACACAGCAGCCAGGGCGGUAGAAGCCUCCGAUCUGACCCUCAACAAAAGUAGAGCAUCAGCGAUAGCCCCGGCCAAGAUGCCACGCCCCAGCCUCGUCUUCAGCCUCCUCACACUGGGCAGCCUGCUGCUGCUGCCGACGACGACGAUAGACGCCAGUCCCGUCUUUGUGGAUAAUCCCAGCUUAGCACAGUUCCAAUCUGGUCGAAAUAUCCGUCAUCUGCCCUGCAUCGUUCGCAAAUCGGGGCGCUCGGGAGUCUGCAUGUUUGCCAUUGAUUGCAUCAAGCAGAAUGGCACGCAUCUGGGAACCUGCAUCGAUCGCUUUUACUUUGGCUCGUGCUGUGCAAUGAAGGAGGAAGCCUCGCUCUUUGCCCCGGAAAUCAACGACAACAGCAUCGACCAGAACACCAUAUCCCACUUUGCCCACGAGUCCACCACGCUGCCCACAAGCGCCCUCUUCAAGCUAACCACCGAAAGCAGUCUCUCCAGUAGUAGCAGCACUCAUCAGCACGCCACCAACGAGCUGCUGAGGAACGUCACUCAGUCGUACCUGAGCACCGCCAAGCCAGCACCUGUUCGCCCCGCCAGCAACAGUUCGUUGUCAAGCACACGUCGCCCCCCGCUGGCCCACACCACCCACAAGAACUCGCACUUUGUGGUGCGCACCACUGUGAAGCCCAGUGUGGUGCAGACAACGACGACACUAACGCCAACCAUUAAGCCGCCGCGCCGUCGAACAACCACCGCCAAACCGGUGCUAACCACGGCUCCGAUUGUGGUUGAGCAGCGCAUUGAAAGCACCACGGUGCCCACAAAGUUUGUGACUUUCCAAAUUGUGGAGACCACGACGCCGUCGGUGACGGAACCCACCCACCUGCAGGAGACCACUACCGCCACCAGCACCAGGCGGCACACAAGACCAACGGGAAGCAGCAGCUCAGUGGCCAGCAGAACAACUAGUAAAACAACAACCACCAGCACCAGCACCACCCCCACAACAAGAACAACAGAAUCACCAGUCACAACAACAAGCACAAAAGCACCUGUGACCACGCAACGUCCAACACCGCCACUGCGAACCACCACGCCAAAGCCACACAAAACCCAUUCAAGCCGUAGGCCAGCGCCAGCGAAAAAGCCAGCGAGUUCGACAACAACCACUGCCAGUGGAUCGCAAUCCACAAGGAAGCCGGCUGAUAGUCUGGCUAGUAGCAGCACCACUGCUAAUGCCACCACAGCCACCACUUUGCCAGCUCGCAGGCCUGUCAUUCAGACGAGCAGCAGCAGUAGUUCCACAGCAACUACAACCAACAUUUUCAAGGACGAAUUGAUCAAGAACGGCACCACAACAAGACUGCCAGAACGCACCACCCAGGCUCCGCGACCCAAGCCCAAACCCACAGGGGAAAUUGUCAAGGUGCCCGCUCUGCUGGCUGAGCCAACAACAACUACCGGAACAACAGCGGCAUCCAGCAGCAGCGGUCCUUCAAAGUCACCAGCCAGUGCCACCACACCUGUGGUGAGCAAAAAGAAGCCAAGCACCACCUCUGCAGCUCCUACAACAACUUCGACAACAACCACAACGCCGAAGCCCACUCGGAGAUCCACAACAAAAGCUCCAACAACAACAACAACCACCACCACUAAGGCAACAACAACAACAACUAAGGCAACAACCACCACCACAUCAACAACAACAACAACAACAACCACUGCAAAGCCUCUGCUCACCACCGAGGCACCGACAACAGUACCCCUAACAACAACCACCAAAAAAACCGGACUUAUCACCUGGACAGAUGUGGAGGCUGAGCCACCGACCAAUGCUAGCAUUUCCAACGAUUGGCAACCAGCACCACCUUCAAAUUGGCUGCCACUUGCCACCCAAACACCUGAGGUGGCGACCCAAACAUUGGCAACAACAGCACCACCCAGCGCCACCGACAAAGUGGUCAUCUCCGUGGCCACCAGCGUCAGUGAGGUGGAGACACACGGACCAGGCAAACCGCAUAGGACCACGAAGCCACCGAAACCUUCCAGCACCGCCAAGCCCGCCCCAACAACAACAACCACGACAGCGACAAGCACAGAGAAAACCACAGAGGCACCACCAAGCAGCAUAGAAUUAGUCUCAUCUACAUCAUCUUACACCGAUAUUAGCAGUGAGGUGGCAGCCAGCAGCAGCAGCAGCAGCAGCAGCAGUAGCAGCACCACUAGUACCACGACUGGCAGACCAACAAGCACAGCUGCUGAAACCACCGAUUAUAGCGGCGAAGAACCAAACACAACGACCAUCGAGGCUACAGGCAGCACCACCGUGGCACCCGCCAAUGCAUUGGAGGGCGUCGAUUACAAGGAAGUUUGCGGUCGUCGCAUGUUCCCCGAGCCCCGGAUCGUUGGAGGAGCUAAUGCCGCAUUCGGCCGGUGGCCCUGGCAAAUCUCCCUGCGUCAAUGGCGCACCUCCACCUAUCUGCACAAGUGCGGAGCUGCCCUGCUGAACGAGAACUGGGCAAUUACGGCGGCCCAUUGCGUGGACAACGUGCCACCCUCUGAUCUGCUGCUGCGCCUGGGCGAAUACGACCUGGCCGAGGAGGAGGAGCCCUACGGCUACCAGGAGCGCCGUGUCCAGAUCGUCGCCUCCCACCCACAGUUCGAUCCGCGCACCUUCGAGUACGACCUGGCUCUGCUGAGAUUCUACGAGCCCGUGGUCUUCCAGCCCAACAUCAUUCCCGUUUGUGUGCCCGACAAUGAUGAGAACUUCAUUGGACAGACGGCCUUUGUGACCGGCUGGGGCCGCCUGUACGAGGACGGACCACUGCCCAGCGUGCUGCAGGAGGUGGCCGUGCCCGUGAUCAACAACACCAUCUGCGAGUCCAUGUACCGCUCUGCGGGCUACAUUGAGCACAUACCGCACAUAUUCAUCUGCGCCGGCUGGAAGAAGGGCGGCUACGACUCCUGCGAAGGCGACUCCGGUGGCCCGAUGGUGCUGCAAAGGGAGACGGACAAGCGGUUCCAGCUGGGAGGCGUCAUCUCGUGGGGCAUCGGGUGUGCGGAGGCCAACCAGCCGGGCGUGUACACCCGCAUCUCGGAGUUCCGGGACUGGAUCAACCAGAUUUUGCAGUUCUAGUUCUGCUUUCAGCCUGGCCAGAUCCUUAGCGAAUGCCUAGCACGUCUUCCCCACAACGGCAUCGGAAUCCAACUCAAACUCGGACUCGUGCUCCGGUUAUGAACAGAGAUCGGCGGAUGGCGGAUCAGAUCGGCCAUAACCCGAGCAACGAUUCCAGUUGCCACCAUUUACCUCCACCUGCCCGCACAGCAACCACUGAACCAGCAACUGAUAGCACUUCCAUUGUCAUAAUCGUAAUCUUACACUUAGCGUUGCCUAGCCUAGCCUAGACUAGCCUAGUCUAGCCUAGCCCUAAAACUAGUUAGUGAAUGUGAUUAACCAGAGGUCACUGAUGCAGUCACGGCUCAUGUAACGUAUUAAUCGAUUGGACUCCUAAUUUAUUCCCAUUUGCUGUACAUAAUUUUCUAAAUUAUUGCAUAACAUUUACACUUAGCUUUAGUCCAAUACAAUAUUAAUUUAGGAGACUCGACGGCGGUUGGGUCCUUCGGUAGGGCAUAUUAUCUCGUAAGUCGCUUCUCCCCAAAUCGAACCAUGCGGCAGAAGCUAUUGUAAUUUUAUUUUAUAAUUUACUUUAAUUAUUUAUUUAUAGCAGCUCAUGCACGACAAAAU